AGCCAUGGCUAAAACAACAACAAAUCAUCAAAGUUACUACACAAAGAAGAGGACCUUCAAGAGGUCUCUGUAAUGGCGUCUCUAACUCUUUCCCUCUGCGCUAAUUUCUCCACUCACUGCCGAAUCUCCACCAAGCACAAUCUACCUUCAUCAACCCCAAUUUUUCCUUCGAAUUCCCAUCAUCAUUCCUUCAAUUUCGAACUCUCUUCUUCUUUCUCUUCUUCUUUCUCCAUUCCUUCUUCCCGCCCUGCAUUCUCCUUCCUCCUCAAGUCCUCGGAGUCUGAAGCCGCCGUAAUCGACUCCGAGCCUGCCGCUUCCCAAACCCUUGAAAUCCCCUCCGAACAGGCCCCCAAGCGCGAGGAAAUCUUUGCGGUUGUUAUGAUUGGAUCCCGCCAAUAUAUAGUCUUUCCAGGGCGUUAUAUCCAUACCCAGAGGCUGAAAGGGGCUAACGUCAAUGAUAAGAUAACUCUGAACAAGGUUUUGCUUGUGGGAACGAAAACUCAGACAUACAUUGGAAAACCAGUAGUGACAAAUGCUGCCGUCCAUGCUGUUGUCGAGGAGCAGGGAUUAGAUGACAAGGUCAUUGUCUUCAAGUACAAGAAAAAGAAAAACUACCGACGAAACAUUGGACACCGUCAGCCAAAUACGCGAAUUAGGAUAACAGAAAUCUCUGGAUAUCAAGACUAUCCAGCAACCACACUUGAGUCGUAGAAACCUAUUCUGAUGAAUGAUCAGCAGCUUUGAAGAUCUUAUCGUUAUUCCUUGCUCAAAAUUCCUCCCUUUUUGUAUGUAAGUUCUUGUGAAUCAAAAUGUUUUUAAUUGAGUUGUUUCAAGCUGAUAAUGAAUCUCAGAAAAUCGCCAGUGACCAUUCUGUCAAUUUUUCAAGGAAAUUUAUUGCUAAUAUGGAGUCCUAGGAAUGUACUAGUUCAUAGCUUAAUUUUUAAAGGGCAUCCAAAUUCAAUUAAGGGGGUUUUAAACAAUUUUAUGUGUUGCAAUUUUAGACUUA